UAUUAAAUCUACACGCUCUUUUCGCUCGUUAUUAUUGUUGCGUGUGUGAAGGAGACAAAAUAAAUCAAUACUACGGAUUUUUAUUUUUUACAGUUUUAAAUUUUCACUAAGAAUUCCCAAGUAACGUGUCUUGUCUCUAUUCUUAUAAAAUAGCAAUACUUAGAAGUCUUACUUAAAUGAGUGAAUUCUUUUUGUCUACGCCAAGUAAAGACGUCAAUGUUUGUUUAAAAUAAUGAAUUAAACGCCUCAUACAUCACUUACAUAUAAUGGAUCAAAAUAAUCGUGCACGUAGAAGUGACUUAGAUAUAGACAGUUUUCGGAACGAUGAAGCCGGUUACGACCGAGCUCGUAUGCGGAGACAAUCUGGAGGGUUCGUGGAUUUAGGAAACGAAUCACAAUAUGGCACAGGAGGACAUCAAGCAUCAGGGGCUAAUGAGAUUUUUGCGGACAUGCAGGGCGAUGUUCCCUGGUGGAAGUCAAAUUUCUUCAUAUCACAACCAGUACUCUUUGGCACAUGGGAUGGAGUGUUUACAUCAUGUCUUAUUAACAUAUUUGGUGUUAUUGUUUUUCUACGAUCUGGUUGGAUGGUAGGGCAAGCUGGCUUAGUUGCUGCCAUUACCAUAGUCAUUUUUACAGUUUUUGUGGCAUUGAUCUCGGUUCUAUCAGCAGUAGGAAUAUGUGAAAGAUGCAGGAUAGAAAGUGGAGGAGUUUAUUUUCUAAUAGCACACACACUUGGAUCAAGAAUGGGUGGUGCACUUGGUAUCAUCUAUUGUUUUGGACAGGCAGUUGGUUGUGCACUAAAUGUAUUUGGUUUUGGUGAAUCAAUGGCAGACUUGGUGAGUGCAAGCCCUACCAAUGCAUUUGCACCAAGAGGUUUUGCCGUAGCGGCAGUCCUAUUACUUGGUACAAUUAAUGUUGCUGGAGUCAAAUGGGUCAUAAAACUACAAUUUCUUCUACUUGUUAUUAUACUGAUGGCAGCUUUUGACUUCUUUCUUGGAUCACUUACUACUAUCCCAGGCAGUAUUCAAGGACAGUUUACUGGCUGGAAUGCCACUACAAUAACAAACAACACAUGGUCAGAUUAUACAGAUAAUUACACAUGGUUUAAAUGUUUUGGUGUGUUCUUCCCCACAAUUACUGGUAUAUUGGCAGGCAUCAACAUGAGCGGAGAUUUGAAAAACCCCUCUGUCAAUAUUCCUAGUGGUUCUUUGGCAGCUAUAGGCACUGGGACAUUUUUAUACUUAAUGUUUAUAAUAACAUUAGCAGCAACUGUAACGAGAGAGGCUUUAUUGAAGAACUUCUCUAUAACAGCGGAUAUAUCGGCUGUAACAGUUCUAUUAUUAGCGGGCUUGUAUGUUAGCUCUAUGAGUUCAUGUCUCGGUGCCAUGUAUGGUACACCGCGGGUGCUGCAAAGUAUUGCAAAUGAGAAGGUCAUCCCAGGAUUAGAAAUACUCGGACAUGGAAGAGGGCCUAAUAAGGUACCAAUUUAUUCAAUGGUAGUAGUGGCUAUUGUCACAGUGACGUUCAUUAUAAUUGGAGACAUAAACAAAUUAGCGCCAAUAGUUACCAUGCCAUUCCUCAUCACAUACGCUAGCAUUGAUUAUUCUUAUUUUGCUCUUGCUCAAACCUUUGAUUUGCAACACAAACGGGAAAUGAGGUUUCAAGGCCACUCUCAACGUGAUACUCAAGUUUACGGUGCCACAGGCAGUGACCUCGACUUAUUGUUUCCAGAAAGGAUCAGACACAAGACUGUUGGUGACUUUACACCCUCUCCAACAGAUUCUGCAAUAAUGAAUGGUAGAAUGUCAAAUGGGGAUGUUAGUCGGCCAGAAACUAAUGUGCAUUCAAAAAAUAAGAAUUGGUAUUCACAUUUGUGCAAUAGAUGGCUUUCGUUAAUUGGUGUAGCAAUAAAAUUGCUGUUAAUGUUCCUCGUACACUGGGCGUAUGCCCUAGGCUGUUUGACUAUCGUGUGGCUGGUGUGGCUGUACAUCGGCGCGGCCAACCCUGCCGUGAAACCAGGACGCGCGUCCGAGUUCCGGUUCUUCCACUGGUUAAAAAUUUCAUUCCUGCAAGCGAUUGGAAAACGUCAGCUGGAAUAUGAACAACUUGUUGUGACGCCGGUACAUGCCGACAUUAGCCUUGAGCAAGAAAGGCUGAACGACGACAACGAAGACUUCGCCUCCCGCCGCCGGUACCACCAAUCCACAGCACUGCAAAGCCAUCUUGUCAAUGUUACCAGCUAAUUACACCAGAUUUACAUUUUGUUAGCUGCUCUUCUGACAGUGUACAGUGUAGACUCUACACUGAACAGUAUUCUGGAACCUACGACAUGUUAUAUACGCGCCGAUAUUUAUAACAACUUAAAGUAGAACUGAAGUAAAAAAAAUCACAAGCACUCAAUGAUAGCACAUUUUUAGAAAAUAUAGAUGUUUUUUGCCAAACUUUAGACAUUCUUGUAUCUUGGGUGUAUUUUUUUUUUACCACUCUGAUUGGCUAUAGUAUCUUUUGUUUCGAUUCUCUCGAAAGCUAAAAACUUUUGCAAAAUGUCAAACAUUACAUUUUCUACAUUUUUUCAACUCGGAAACUAUAAAUUGCCUUUAAAGUUUAUAAAUUUUUCCUUGGCAUAAAGAUUUAAACUUUUAACGUUUUUAUGUGCAAGAGCAAAUUUUUUAAUUUAAUUAUAUUAAUGUACAAUUUGACGACAAAAAUAUUUAAUGAUUUCUUAUAUUUACGCGGAUGUUAAACUAUUGAAAUAAAACUAUUUUUCUGGAUUUUAUUGCGGUUUUAAUAGUAUAAUUUUCUCCCAACUUUUCGAAGACUGCAACCUUCAUGGUCUCUGACUAUGAAGAUUAUAGUAUAAAAAUCCGCAAUAAAAUCCGGAAAAUGUUUAUUUUAAUGGAAAAAAUAUUUGACUACGUAGGUGCUUAAGGACGGCAAUAAAUGAUUAAAUCUUGGAAGUCCUAUAUUUAAAAAAAUGCAUUAUCUGUAAAAAUCAUUCCAAAAUUAUUUUUAAGAUUUGAUUUUCUCAUUCCUUUACUUUUCAUUUCUGUUUUUUCAAGUAAACCAUAAAAAACGGUAUUUCUUCUGUAACAUGUAGAUAUUUCUAGAUCUUCCCCAUUUAGAUCAUUAUACAAAUUUCAGACAGCAAAAA